AUGCCGGCGAAAGUGAAGGAUGACGUGAUUGCGGAAGUGGACCCCGCGACCGUCUACUUUACGUUUUCGCGUAUUCGUCCCACCUUUUCCUGCGGUCGCACAAUUGCCAGCACCCUCGACCAGUUUCUACGCCAUGAGCUAACCCCCCACGACCUGCCGCUGCUCUGCGUCCUGGCCGACAGGGAGGGCAGGCGUUACAGCCUCAACAACCGUCGCCUCUACCUCUACAAGGAGCUGCGGGAACGCGGCGCGCUGACGACGGUGCCGGUGCGGCUUCGGCAGCUGCCGGAUACCCGGCGCAUGCGGGAGAAGUACACGCCGGCGAAGUGUGCCUUGCGGGCGACACUGAAGCGCGAGGGCGCGGCGGCCUCCGCGCCCCAGCAGCCGCGCAGCGGCGACGGCGGCAGCGACGCGUCUGGAGCCGGGGACGGGGACGGGGCGGGGUUCGUGACGCGGGCACCGCAGCGGCAAGAGGACGCAAAGGGCGGAAUGAAACGGCGUGGCGGACGGGCAACGACGCUGGAGGAGGAACUUCUCGAAUUGGGCGUUUAA